GGUUCAGACUCGGACAAUAGCAAACUAAUCACCGUUGCAGYAGUUUUCCCAAUGCAAUCACAUGUAAAAACCAUUUCAGUCCCACGAUCAACUGCUCAGUAUCUUAAAGAGUUCUACAAGGAUUAAGAGGAUUGAUUACAAAAUAACUCAGAACGAGAACGGUUAGUCAGGGAGGAAUCUAUUUGAGCUGAGAAGUAAUCUGAAGAAUCAACCACAUUGUUUCUUUCAUGAAAGAUGUUCAAUUCCAAUUUUUUCUUGGUGGCAAGUGUAGUAGUUUACUUUGUUUCGUGGUCCAUUGUUUUGGGAAGUACGACAGACGAAGGGGUGCUAGACCUGGAGGAUCUCGAUCUGUCAGAACAGCAGGAYGUUUAUUUCACUAAUGAAGAUAUAGAUGAAAACGAAGACGUCGAUGAUGAAGAAGAGUGGUCUCAGAGCUCAGGAACAUCUGGUGAACUUUCUGAUAAAACUUCUUGGAGAAAGAGAUGCCGAUGCUGGGUGGGGAAAAAGUACGAUAAAACCAAAAUAUUGUAUUAUUUUGGUAAUAUUGGUAUACAGCACAAUAUGAACUUAGACUCCAUUAAACGCUGUCAAAAGAAAUGCCAAAACCAAUGUAAAAGAUUCGUUCGUUCUUCUUCAAAGAUAAAAUAUGUACAGGAUGCGUUGUGCAUUUUUUUGGAAAAAGAGUUCAAUUCAACCGGCAAAGAACCUCCUCAACUGGGCUGUUUUAGCCAGCUGKCAUUAAACGAAUCAAACCAAGACAUUUGGAAACCUUUGUAUGAGCUGCCGAGCAUUAGGUGUAGAGUAAGGCCAAGACACUGUGGUUCUAUGUUUGGUGAUGAUUAUAAGUAUCACGAAGCACUGGGAUUAUGUGUGAGGACACUGAUUAAAAACGAUCCAAGUUGCAUCUCUGGAAUAAAACCUGGUGACAACAGCCCUCCAGUCUGUUGUCACGACGGGAACAUCUACUCUUGUCAAAAACCCAUGCUUAAAGGAGAACACUACUAAAAAUAUGAAACGUAAUUGAUGAAAUAAACCGGUAGAUUAAACGUUA